AUGUCCCUUUACUACGACGCAUCCACAAUCCUAACAACCCCCUCCUCCACCGGCGGCUCAUUCAAAUCCCGCAUCUACAAUUCCAACUCCCGCGGUACCAAUACAAAGGCUAAUCCUGCGCAAAUCUACGCACUUAUUACGGAGACUGCGAAAUGGGAUAUCUUGCUAAAAGAGGUUAUUGAGCGUGCGGAGAUACUCAAAUUAGAAUCUAAGCUCACCCCGCUCCUCGCGCUAUUCCUGGUCCAUGACCAUUUACUCUCGAAAAAAGGUAUCGCGGCGACGAGUAAUCAUCCGCUGCGACUAGCGAUUGAGAAACACAAAACGAGGUUACGGGGGGAGUUUAUCAAAGCCCGUGUGCGACGGGGAUGCGCAUCAGUCGAGGAAUUGAAAACAGUCGUGUUACGGGAAAAGAAAGCACGACUUAAGGCUGAUAAUGGCGAUAAGGUUACCGCUGUGUAUCCGCGGUGGGUGCGGGUUAAUACCGUUAAGACGACGCUGGAGAAACAAUUAGAGACUACCUUCGCCGCAUACGAGAAGGUGACCUCUCUGGCAGACCUCGUCCAGGACGACGACGACACGGAUGACCAGAAACGGUUGUAUGUUGAUCCGCAUAUCCCUGAUCUGCUUGCUGUGCCGCCGGGCGUCGAGUUCAUUGCCUCUCCGACGUAUAAGAAUGGGGAGAUUAUUCUGCAGGAUAAAGCUUCUUGUUUUCCGGCUUAUCUCCUAGCGGGGGAUACGGAGUGGAAAGGUGAUUUGGUAGAUGGGUGUGCGGCGCCGGGGAAUAAGACUACGCAUCUUGCUGCACUGUUAUCCAAGCACGGGAUCAAAAAAUCGAGGGUUAUCUCAAUGGACGCAUCGCCCGCGCGCUCGAAAACGCUACAGAAAAUGGUCGCCGCGGCUGGUGCGGCAGGAAAUAUCGUCACCGUCCUCCAGGGACAAGACUUUCUAGCCAUCGAUCCCGUCGCUGAUGAGCGCUUCGCGGAUGUCACCGGUCUCCUCCUCGAUCCUAGCUGUUCGGGUAGCGGUAUCAUCGGCCGAGACGACGUGCCCCAGCUCCUCCUCCCUAGUAUCCCCGAGAAUAAGAGUCGCAAGAAUCAGGGGAAGAAACGCAAGCGCGAUGACCCUCACCCUCACCCUGUACAAUCGAAACCCGCCCAAACGACACCAUCUCCAACAGAUGAAAACGAUACCCCGGCUAUACUGGAUAACGACCGUCUGACAAAACUAUCAAACAUCCAAGCCCACAUCGUCGAACAUGCGCUUUCUUUUCCGUCUGCUACGCGCGUCACGUAUAGUACUUGUUCUAUCCAUCUGACCGAAAACGAAUCCGUCGUGGAGCGCGUGUUGGGUUCGGAUGUUGCGCAGCGCCGCGGGUGGAGGGUUCUGCGGAGGGAUGAGCAGCCGGUUGGUUUGAGGGGGUGGACGUAUCGGGGGAUUGGGAGUUAUGGUGAAGGUGAGGGCAAGGAGAGUGUGAAGUUGGGAGAGGAAGAGUUGGAGGGGUGUCUACGGUGUUGGCCUGGGGAUGAGGAGGGUCUUGGGGGUUUUUUUGUCGUUGGGUUUGUGAGGGAUGGUCAGGAUGAUGGUCAAGAGGAUCAGGAAGAUGAUGAAUGGGAAGGAUUCUCUGAUUAA